AUGGUCGCCGUCACAAUGAAGAGCGCUGUUGCAGCAGUUGUUGCUCUCGGCGCUUCAAUCGCCAAUGCUCAAUUGGAUGCAGAAGCAUAUGCUAGUGCCCCUGUCAAUCUUACAUUGUUGCCACAACCUAUCGCCAUUUCCACCUACACUGGUGACGGUAUUGUUGGUGCUCUUCACAGACCUUUGAAUACCAGCGACCCCAAGGCAAGCAUCGCCAUCAUGGUCAUGCACGCCGAGCAGGAUUACUGGGCGUUCUACCCUUGCACCCAAUUGACUGCUCGUGGAUACACCGUCCUUUGCAGUAACAAUGCUGCAUCCAAGACCUCGCUCAUGAACGAUCUUGACUUCCCAUCUAUGAUGACCAACGUCGGUGAGAUGGUUAAAUGGCUACGUAAUCAGACCUACAUCGAGAAGGUCGUUCUCUUUGGUCACAGUGGUGGUGGAGCCAUGAUUUCUGAGUACCAAAAUAUUGCUGAGAACGGAGUUUCUGCCUGUAACGGGCCUGAGAAGAUCAGCCCUUGCUCAGACGAUGUUGCUGGUCUCCCAUCUGCCGACGGUGUCAUCUUGCACGACGCCAACUACGGUCUUUCCACCAUGGGAUUCAUGAGUCUCAACGCUGCUAUCAAGAACGAAACCACUGGUCUCCGUGAUAUCGACGCAACUCUUGAUCUCUACAACACCACUUAUGGCUACAACGCCAGUGGCGGAAGCAGCAACUACACUACUGAUUUCCUGUCUCGCUGGUACACUGCUGCUGCUGCCCGUAAUAACCGUCUUCUUACCUUUGCCCAGAGUCGUGCCAAUGCCAUCAAUAACUAUAACACCUCUGAUGCGCUCUUCGAUGAUGAUGAGGGAUUCAUUAUUCCUGAUUCCAACUACUUGGGGAUGAACAACAAGGUUAUCGCUGAAGACACCUCUCUACUAUCCCACACCACCUACGCUCACCCACUCAUCCUCAACAACGGUACCGUUAGUACCCAAAUCAUCAAUACUGUCCGCGUUGCUAGCGGUUCCGAUGGCGCCUCCUCCUUUUAUGGCGGAGCCCUCAAGACCACCAUUGGCCGCUAUCUCCGAACCUUUGCCAUUAAAGUCGGUGUUGACUACAAGAUCAACGAAGACGGUAUCGACGGUGUUCAAUGGAACUCCUCUCACAUGGUUCCUAUCAACGCUAUCAAGGGUGUCAAGGUCCCACUCCUCUUGAUGGGUAAUACCGGACAUUACGAGUACUUGAAUGCCGAGAAGAUCUUCCUUGCUUCCGUCUCUAACGAUACCUCGAUUGCUUUCGUUGAAGGUGCCCAGCACGGUAUCAACCCAUGUACCGAAUGUGAGACAUAUCCUGGACAGUACAACAACACCAUUAAGAACGCUUUCGACUACCAAGCUGCUUGGUUGGAGAAGGCUGGCCGAUUCAUCUAG